GUGGCAUGCCAAUGCGCUGUCAUCGUGCAGUGCAGCACAAGAAAACGUGUUUUUGUUGAUUACAACCGCUAGAAACCGCAUUUAUUUGUAAAAAGGGAAUUUAACUCGAGAAUACUAGUGUAGAAUUAUGAUUCAAACAAAGAAACGAUCUGUAUCUGCGUCCGAAAACGGUACAUCCGUUUCCGGAUCGGACAAACCGGUCAAAAAAGUUAAGAAAAACGUCGUCAGCAAACCGGUGGACAAACCGAAAGCGAAAACACUGAAGAAGGACAGUGUGGUAAAGCCGAGUUUGAGCAAACCUAAAGGGAAAUUUCAGAAGAAAACUAUCGCUGAAAAGCCGGGCGAGAAGGUUGAGAAAAAACCAUUCGUUGCAAAUACGCCAGAAUCGAAAAAGGAGUACUGGAAUGGAUUGAAGGCAAAGCAGAAGGAGCUUCGGCAGCAGCGUCGACAGAACAAAUCGAAGGAACUGUACGAGCUCAGCGUGAGUGCAAAGAAAAUUUACGAAAAGUUGAAACGUAAGACGGCCGAAAACAAGGAGGAACUUGUGCAAAAGCUCCACGAACUUCUGGGCCAGCAGAACGCUUACGCGAAGAUAGCCACCUCGCACGAUACCGCACGCGUCAUCCAGUGCAUGAUCAAGAAUGCAUCGGAAGAGAUACGGGAUCAAAUCGCAACCAGUCUAAUGCCUACCUUGGUCGAUCUGGCUACGUCAAAGUAUGGUCACCAUUGUGUUAGCAGCUUGUUCAAGAACGGUUCGAAGCCGCUAUGGGCCCGUGUCGUAAACGCCAUCAUUAAGGACGUUCUGAAGCUGGUUAAUCACACGUUUUCCAGCGCGAUCGUAGACACGGCGUACAAUGAGUACGCAACAAACGAGCAGCGUAGCUUCAUGCGUCAACCCUUCUACUCUGAACUGUUCAAGCUGGACAAGGAUCGUACCGUGCAAACGAUGAAGGACUGCUGGAAAUCGAACACAUAUAUGAAGACGAAUGUGGUAUCAACAGUGAAAGCACAUUUACUGCAGGCGGCAAACAAGAAGCUCACGGACAAUAGUUUGCUGCAUGCACUGCUGGCGGAAUUUCUGGAAGAAGCAGGCAGCACGGAACGAUCGGAAGUGAUCGAACUGUAUCUGCCACUGUUGGCGUCCAUUUCAAGCACACGGGACGGCACUGGUGCAGCGAUUUACUGCUUCCUGCACUCGGUCGUGAAAGAUCGUCGAGCCGCACUAAAAGCCAUGAAGCCGUACAUCGAAAAGCUGUCAAUACACGAGCAUGGUCACCGGUUGAUUAUGUGCAUACUGAACUGCUACGAUGAUACGGUUACACUGGGCAAGCAGGUGAUCAAUCCCAUAAUGGAACAGAUAGAAACGAUUGUUGGAAGCGGUGAAUGGGGCCGGAAGGUAGUCGGUUGGAUGUUCUCUCCGGAAGACAAGGAUUUGCUACACCCGAGCCAAAUCGAGCUGUUGAACGGAUACCUAGAGCACAGCAAGAAGGACAAGGAAAUACGCCGCAAAGAGGUGUUGGCUGCAGCCAAGGACAGCUUCUGCACGAAGCUGGAAAGCAAUCCUACCUUUUGGUUGCGUGGUGGUCACACAGCCCUGUUGACUUCGGCUAUACUGAAAAACCUCCAAGGAGAAGAAUUAGCCCGUCUGCAUCGUGCCCUAGCAAAGGUGGUAUGCGACCCCGAUUGGAAAGUGCACGAGAAUGAAAUCAAUCUUGAUGGGUCAAUUCUUUCGUUAGAGGCAGACAAAAAGCCAAAAGAAAACGUUAAACCGGCAACGGCGGGAACAGAGCGAAAGAUAAAGAAAAUCAAAAAAAGCCCAUUUGAGGAGGAGAAAGCAGCAUCCCGAGAGAAGCAACUGGCCGCUAAUCCGUUGAUUAACGGCACCGAGCAUGCAGGCCUACACAUUGCGCUGAAGAAAAUGAUCAAGCAAGAUCAGGAAAAGCGACAGCUUGCCGGUGAAGACGUCUCACAGUUUGGGCUAGCGAUCGUAGAGGAACUGACCGUGGAGCAAACGUCAACGUGGAUUACCCAGAAUCGCACUUCGUUCUUAUUGUUGCUAGUUUUCGAAAAUUCCACCGAGGAAGUGCAGCAAAUGUUGAGAAAAAAGCUCGUGCCACUCAAGCAGGAACUAAAAGCCCAGAAACACACUGGCGCUAAACUGUUGGCGGAGAAACUGAAGUUGUAGCAUGGAAAGUACACGAUGCCCAGCAGGAUGUGCAUGAUAUAAACGGAAAAGUAAAUACUUAUAUAAAUGGAUACGAAAUGAAAA